ACAAGCCUAUUUUCUGCAGUUAUGGCUCCGCAGACACGAUGGUUUCACCUGUUCCUCCUUUUCUGCUGCGUGUGGAGCUGCCAGUGCCAGACAGAGGAAGAGACCAGAGGCUUCACUGGUACAGAGACAGCUGAAGGGGUGGAGGUCAACUCCCAAGUCAGUCGAGUGCUGAGGAGCCGUCUAACAACCGUCUUCAUCCCAAUCAUCUACAUCAUCGUGUUUGCUGUGGGACUGCCCACCAACACCAUGGCAAUCUGGGUGUUCCUCUUCAGGACCAAGAAAAGGCAUCCGUCGUCCAUCUACAUGGCCAACCUGGCUCUGGCUGACCUGCUGUUUGUCAUCUGGAUCCCCUUAAAGAUAGCGUACCACUUCAACGGCAACAACUGGAUCUACGGGGAGGGCUUGUGCAAAGUGCUGGUGGGGUUUUUCUACGGCAACAUGUACUGCUCCAUCUUCUUCAUCACCUGUAUAAGUGUUCAGCGUUACUGGGCCGUGGUCCACCCGCUGUCCCUUCAGCAGAAAGACAACCGUGUAGCUGUCACCGUCUCCGUCACGGUCUGGGUGGUGGUCUGGCUCCUCACCAUCCUGCUCUACCUGUAUGAACAAGAGGUCCGCGUCACAAACCUCAACAUCCUCACCUGCCACGACGUCACCAGGACCAGUCAGAAGGAAAUAGCUGCGGGCUACUUCCUGACAAUGGGAAUUGUGGGAUUUGUUGCGCCCACCGUUGUGUGCAUCAUAUCCUUCGUCCUCAUGCUCAAGUCUCUCAGGAACAGCAUGGCUGACCCCGACAUCACCAAGAGGCGACGAAAAGCCGUGGUCCUGAUCAUCACCGUGCUGGUGAUGUUUUUGGUGUGCUUCACCCCCAGUAAUAUCAUGCUGCUGGUGCACUACGUCCUCCUGUUGGUUGGGGCCAACAACAACCUGUACGGAUUUUAUAUCAUCACCCUGUGUUUGGCGAGUCUCAACAGCUGCUUCGACCCCUUUGUUUACUACUUCAUCUCCGAGGACUUCAGGGAUCAUGUGAAGAACACGUUCCUGUGCAGGAGUGAGAGGACAGUGGAGAGGAUGAGGGUCUCCUUCAGCGCUCUCAAGUUCUCCAAAAAGAGCAACACGAAUACGUCUGGUUCAGGGAACACUCGGAGCACUAAGUGAGAGUGAGAGCUAGUGCAUCAUUGGUUUUUAUGCUAAUUCCUCAUCAUAAAACUCCCCCUAAAAUAACAUGAAUUUCUUUACUGUGGCUUCUUCCAUAUCUGUGAGGAAAGUUUUCUUCUGUGCUAAAAAUGUCAGAGAAGCAUUGAGCUUUCUAAGUUACUGCUUGUUUUAAUUUUGUAAAUACAUUAUUUGUUGUAUCCAUCCUUAACAAUUUAACUGAUAUUUAAUGCUCUUUACUCGAUCUAGGCUUCUGCAGUUUCAUUUGACUUCAUCCAAACAUGAAUUAUUGUACUUCGGUAAUUUCUUUAUGUGUCUGAUAUUUUAGUACAGGCUGUAAUUUUAUUGAGAUGGAUAAUGCUUCAGUCUUUUUAAUGUGCCUGAAGGAUUUCAAACCAAACAUUUAGCAUGUUGAGUGAUGCGUGAUACAAGCGAGAUAGAAUGUACGACUUUCCUCCGUCACACUGUCUGCAAGUCUUAAAAUUCUCAAGCAGCAUUCAACUUGUUUCUUAAAGGUGGUAGAAGGUUUACAAAAGUUUUAAAUUUAAUUUACAAAAAGUCUUGAAUAUUUUCUUUUGCCUGUUUCUGUACGAUAUCAUACAAACCCAUUUAUGAGAAAGCAUUGGAAUGUUACUUAUACAAUGUUUUUGUUUCUGAUUGCAUGCUGUUGGGAGAUGUUAUCUAUAAACCAAAAGUAGGAUUGUGUGACAGUAAAUUGUCAUGCAGGAAGCUGUCUAAUUGUUUUUUUGUUGAGUGUCAGAGUUUUAGCAAACACUGUCACUACUGCAACUACAGUAGCUGUAGGAAGCUCAUUUACUUAAAAUGGGUGUUGUUUUAGCAACAACUUUUAA